UUACAUGAUACUGGAAUGGUAUAUAAUAACUGUAGCCACAGCCGUAGAGGUGCUGCACUCAACCAACAUUAUUAGGCGAUAUGGAUUGCUCACUUGGGAAGGUUCAUCAUAUUUUGCUAUGACAACAGAACAGAGAAGCAAGUCUAUAAUGAAUUCCCAGAAUUAAAUGAGACAAUCAUGGAUAUGGACUCUGAAGGCCUGGCCAACUUCUCCUCUUUGCAAAACCAGACAACUUCUUUCAGGAGCUGCUUGUAUGAAAGCCUCUCAUUUGAGAAGGUCUAUUUGCCCAUAAUGUAUAGCAUUAUCUUUCUGGUGUGCUUCCCUGGGAACAUCAUAGUCAUUUUUGUAUAUAUUUUCAAAAUGAGGCCCUGGAAAAGCAGCAUUAUCAUUAUGUUGAAUUUGGCCAUCACAGACUUGCUGUACGUGUCUUGCCUUCCGUUCUUGAUACAUUACUCAAUCAAUGACCAUUGGGUCUUUGGAGGCUUCAUGUGCACAUUCAUCCGCUUCACUUUCUACUUCAACACCUACAGCAGCAUCCUCUUCCUGACCUGCUUCAGCCUUUUCCGGUUUUUCGUCGUUGUCUACCCAAUAAGUUGCUUUUCCAUUCAGAAACGGAGAUGGGCCAUCAUAGCCUCUGCUUCGGUCUGGGUUGUUUCUCUGUUCAUGGUCAGCCCAAUGAUCCAUUUCAUUACUGUAAAAGAAAGUGGGAAUAGAUCCCUUUGCUUGGACUUAACUAAUUCAGAAGACCUGGACUCUAUACGGUUGUUCAACUGGCUCCUAACGACAUUUGCUUUCUUUUUACCUUUAAUCCUUGUGACUCUCUGCUACGCUGUGAUCAUCUACAAGCUAGCCAGAGGACCUCACACUCACACAUCAUUCAAACAAAAGGCUCGCACACUAGCCAUUGUUCUCCUGGCUGUCUUCUAUUUGAGUUUCUUGCCCUUUCACAUCUUUAGAGGGAUUCGCAUUGAGUUAAAGAUACAUCCUGUAAGCUGCACGAUCGAGAAGCAGAUCCGAGAUGUUUUUACUGUGACUAAAUCCUUAGCAUCAUUAAACACCUUUGGUAACUUAAUAUUGUAUGUUGUGCUGGGAGAUAAUUUUCAACACGCCAUUCUUUCUAUCUGUAAACUGAACAUAAAGAUGACUAAGAAGUAGUGAUGGAUUCAAAAUGGUUAUUUGUCAUAGACCUGAAAUAAUAGAUUAUAUUUGAAGUUUCUCUAAACAAAUGACAUUUUAGCAGAAAAGUAAGGCCUGUUCAUAUGCAAGGUUUUUAAGGUAAUCCUGGAAAUAAAAUGUUCUCCAUAUUUUUUCCCCAAA